CUUGCCCAAGGUCACACAACUAGUUGGUGGCAGAGGUAGAAUAAGGCCUUGAUUCCUUCUCAUCGAGUGUUCUUUCUACCACCCCCCUCCAUCCCUCAAUGCUGCAGCCCCCUCUCUGUAGCUCAUUUCCCAUCUCCAUGCCUUUGCCCUAAAUCGUAGAAUGCUCUCCCAUCUUACUUUCCCUUGUAUUCCCUAGCUUCCCCCCAGGAUCAUCUGAAACCCCACCUUCUGCAAAAGGCUUCUCUCAGGGUCCCCCAACUGCCAGCUCCUUCCCCCUCUCUGUAUUUACUUUGUAUGGAUGUGACCACUUAAUGCCAUCCCUCUUCCCCUCCUGGCCCUCCUUCUCUGGCCCCUACAGAACCUGGCGGGCCGGCUGAAAGAAAACAUGGAGAAGCUGACGGAGGAGCGUGAUCAGCGCAGUGCGGCGGAGAACAGGGAAAAAGAACAAAACAAGCGUCUCCAGCGGCAGCUCCGAGACACCAAGGAAGAGAUGGGAGAGCUGGCCAAGAAGGAGGCCGAGGCCAGCCGCAAGAAGCACGAGCUGGAAAUGGACCUGGAGAGCCUGGAAGCAGCCAACCAGAGCCUGCAGGCAGACCUGAAGCUGGCCUUCAAGCGCAUUGGGGAUCUGCAAGCCGCCAUUGAGGACGAAAUGGAAAGUGAUGACAAUGAGGACCUCAUCAACAGUUUGCAGGACAUGGUGACAAAGUAUCAGAAAAGAAAGAAUAAGCUCGAGGGCGACUCUGAUGUGGAUUCCGAGUUGGAAGACCGGGUGGAUGGUGUCAAGUCUUGGUUGUCCAAAAACAAGGGGCCUUCCAAGGCUGCGUCAGAUGAUGGAAGCCUCAAGAGCUCCAG